AUGGCACCAACUUCAAUUAUCAAUAACCAAGAAAAAGCUCAAACACCAUUGAAAGCUAAAUCCGCUGCCGGGAGCAAUGACGAUGACUUCAAUGAAAUCGUUGUCAAGUUAGCCAAUUUGAAGCCAAUCGGAUUUGCAAAAGCCUCCAAGGAUAUUGUCACUGGAGGUGACAAAGAGUGGGUUGAUCGUUUGCCAAAGACAACCAGGGAGAGAUUUGAAAAAUACGGAGUCGAUCUUUCGGAUGGAUACCCUUAUAUUCCAGAAAGCGAUCAGAUCCCUAAAUUUGUUGACGAAGCUUUUGCAAUUAGAAGUGAAGAUUAUCCAUUCAUCGAACGUGGUAAGAAUGCGGAUCCAGAGAAGAAGGCAUUGUUCGGUGCCGCUAAAGAUGUUAUUCACUUAACUCCAUACAUCGGAACUGAAAUUGUUGGAUUGCAAUUGAGUGACUUGACCGAUCAACAAAAGGAUGAAUUGGCAUUGUUGAUUGCUGAAAGAGUAGUUGUAUUCUUUAAAGAUCAAGACUUGUCACCCCAAAAGCAAUUAGAAUUGGGCCAUUACUGGGGUCAAGUUGAGGUUCACCCACAAGCAGCAAGAGCUGGUCGUGAUCUUAAAGGAGUUACCACCAUUUGGCAAGAGUACCAAAAGGAGAGAGCUGGUUACCCUUUGAGCUUCAAAAAUUCCAAGAUUGGCAAUUCACAAUGGCACAGUGACUUGGUUCAUGAACACCAAACUGCUGGUAUCACCCACUUGCAUCUUGAUGCUAUUCCUCCAUUUGGUGGGGAGACAAUCUGGAGUUCUACUUACGGUGCUUAUGAUAAGUUAUCGCCUGCCUUGAAAGAGUUCUUAGAUGGUAAAACUGCCAUUUACAAGAGUGCACAUGUGUAUUUGGACCGCAAGAAUCCAUUGAGAGGUCCAAAACAUGUUGAGAGAGAACACCCAAUUGUUAGAACUCAUCCUGCUACUGGUUGGAAGUAUUUGUUUGUCAACAGGUCAAUGACUGAUAGAAUCGUUGGUUUGUUGAAGGCUGAGUCUGACGUUAUCUUGAAUUACUUGUUCAAAGUCAUUGAAGAGAACAGAGACAUUCAAGUCACUUUUAGCUGGCAACAACAAUUGCCGGGCUUGAAGUCACAACCAGAAGGUGAACAAACAUACAGAGGUACUUCAGCUCUUUGGGACAACAGAAUUUCCAACCACAAUGUUAUUCAUUCGGAAGAGAGUAUCAAUGGUCGUCAUGGAACUAGAGUUACAGCUUUGGCUGAUACCGGUUAUUUUGAUCCUGAAUCAAAGAGUCAAAGAGAAGCCUUGGGAUUGUCUUUAGAUUAG